AUGAGACAUUUUGAAGAAGAAAGUAAAAAAUGGAAAAUUUAUGAACAAGUAGCUAGUCGUAAUGAAAAUGAAUUACAUAGGGAUGGAGAUGAUAUUUUAAUAAUAGAUACAGAAGAAAUACCACAAGCAAGACCCUUCCGAGAAAGAUACUCAGCAAUACUCAAUAUGACAGUCAGUGAUACAGAUAGUCAGAGCAAUGAGAAUAGUAAUAGCGAGUAUAAGGAAGACGCUGGUGAAAGUAACGAUAAUAGUGAAACAGAAGAAGAAGAUGGAAAGAGAAGAAUGUUAAGAGACACUGGUAUAUCAUCCACAUCUAAGGAAAAGAUAGAUAAGAUAAAUAUAAGAAAAACAAAACCAAAACCAAAAAAGAAGAACACUAUACCCAUUGAGAAUGACUCAAGAGCCCCAGAAGGUAGUCCAGUAUUAUUAGUUAGUCAUAAUAAUAGUCUAGAACAGACAUCCCAAGUAGUACAGAAGAAGACAAGGCAAGAUACUCCAGUAGAUCCAACAGCAAAAAGACCCCGAUUUGGAGCCCAUUUUGUUAAACCACCAAGAGUAGCACCCCGAUCCCAACAACAGCAAGAAGUAGUUAUCCAGCCUGAAGAAGAAGAAGAAGUAUUACCCAUCUUACCAAGAACUCCACCAGAAUUACCCGCAUCACCAGUAUUAAGUCCAAGACAGAGUACACCACGAACACCAGUAGCACCGCUAAGAUUCCCUUCGGUCGAGUCUACAACCUGA